CGUGUAGUCCAAAACACUACAUUUAAGAACGCAUGUAAAAGGCUAACAGUCUGUCACUCCCCCGAGUCAGUAUUCCGCGCGCAGACGCGUCCACGCGCGCCACAGCCAGAAGUUCCAUUCUCACGUUUCCAACAUAGGCGCAGCUUCACAGCAGGAUUGCGCCUCUCAGACACAACGUUUCUCUAAGAUUCCACUCAUUUAUAGUGUUUUACGUUUCCCCUCAUCAGAAGACAAUCAAUUGGUUUCAUUUUGGAUUAAGAAGAAAAACGACAAGAAAUAAAAAAAAAAACUUGAAACCUGAAUGAAAACAUUUCGAAACUUUUCAUCAUCAGUGGAGAAUUUGCUGCCUGAAGUAAAUGGACUAUCACAUGAUCCUUGGAAAUGCAGUUUUGAAGGGUGCUGUGAAUCAAAAUCAUGCCGGAUUGUUAUUGGAAUAAUCUCCUGUUAACAAAGUUAACACACGUUUAAGGUGUUUGCUGCUCUGCUGUGGAGAUCAAGAUGGGACGCUUUUAUGCUCGGGUUGUGAUUAUGCUGGUGAUGGUAGCACUGCCUGUAGUGGUACGGUGUUGCCCACGGCCAUGUGUCUGCCACCAGCCCACAGAGGUUCACUGCACAUUCCGCUCCUUACUUAAGUUGCCUGCUGGCGUGCCCAAACAGGUGGAGAGGAUGAAUUUGGGGUUUAAUACUAUACAUAGAAUAAAUUACAGCUCUUUCACUGGGUUACGAAAACUGGAGCUUCUGUUAAUGCAUGGCAAUGAUGUGCAUCAUAUUCCUGAUGGAACAUUCCUUGACCUUAUAUCCCUGCAGAUGCUGAAACUAAGCUAUAAUAAACUGAAGGUAAUUAGUAGACAGACCCUUAUGGGUCUCUGGAGUCUCACUAGGUUGCACCUGGAUCACAACAGACUUGAGUUCAUCCAUGCUGAUGUAUUCCAAGGCCUCACUUCUCUUCGCUUUCUCCAACUGGAAGGCAAUCAACUUCAGCAGCUCCACCCAGCCACCUUUUCCACUUUCUCUAUUUUUGGACACUUCCCAGUUUCCAGCCUGAAGCACCUGUACCUGUCUGAUAAUUUACUGAGCACUUUGUCACAGAAGAUGCUAGCAGGCAUGCCCUACCUGGAGAAUCUUUCCCUGCAUGGGAACCCCUGGACCUGUGACUGUCACAUGAGGUGGUUCAAAGAGUGGAAUAAAAAUUCACCAGGUGUGCUGAAAUGUAAGAAAGACAAAGGCUAUCCAGAUGGCCAGCUAUGCGCUAUGUGUUUCUCUCCAAAACAAGUAAAGAAGAAACAACUCCAGGAGUUGGAGAAACCCACUUGCAAUAGUCCCAUCAUCAGCACGGCUCACAGAGCCAUUUCCCAAGAGGACACAGAAAGUGACCUCUUGAUGGCUGAUGAAUUUCAUCAACCCCUUGGAAACAUUUCCCUGGGUCUGUCAGAUGAACACGGACAUCAAGUAGACCUGGAAUGUCUUGUCACUGAGCCAAGAGAGCUGUCUAGCAUAGGCUGGGACUAUGUUAACCAGUAUCAGAUAUUAGCAAAUGUGACUCUGACAUUAGAUUUAAAGUGUGCAAUUGACAGGUCCAGUUAUGAGAAGUUGUGGAGAUUGAUUGCAUAUUACAGUGAUGUUCCAGUUCACCUUCGCAGGGAAAUUAUGUUGAGUAAGGAACCUUACACAAGCUUCAGGUAUCAGCAAGAUGUUGAAAGGGAUGCUCUUCACUAUACAGGAGUAAAAGCUAGCAUAGCCGCUUACCCACCCUGGAUACUGCAGUCAUCAAUGGACCUUCAGCUAAACAGAAUUCAGUCUACAAGUAAAAGUGUUCGACUAAUUCUCACCAUGUAUAUGACUGAAGUUAUGGAAAGGGAAUCUAUAAGACAGCAGAGUAGGGGCUGGGCUGUAAUUGAGUCCAAGAAUGACACUAGAACAAUGCAGGUUGCUGUCGUGGGAAGUCCUGCUGAGAUAAACUGUUCCAUGCAUAGCUCAGGGAACGAGUCAGUUAAAUGGAUGCUACCUGAUGGCUCUACUUUAAAAACACCUUUUAGCAGUGAUGACAACAGGCUUUCAGCAUCAAGUGCUGGUCUUCUUGAAAUUAAAUCUGUGGCUCAUUCUGAUUCAGGAGUAUACUACUGUAUUGCACAGGCUUCAGAUGACCUUACUAUUCUUCCUUUUCGCCUAUCAGUGGAGGAGUCCUCCAGUCCACCUCCUGGAGGUGAAGGAGUAACUGAACCAGUUACAGGAUUCACAGGUGGAGCUUUUUUCCUUCCAUGUGUUACCACUGGAUCCCCUGAUGCUUAUAUACACUGGAUUCUCCCUGAUGGUAGCAUUGUAAACAAGAGGGUAAACAUUUCAAGGAUAUCCGUUGCUUCAAAUGGAACUCUGAUUAUUCGACACAGUCAGCUUUCAGACAGUGGAUACUAUAAGUGUAUAGCAGGAAACCAGCAUGGGAUGGAUACUUUGGCCACAAAUGUAAUAAUAUCAAGGGCACCAGGUUUACUCUCAUUACAGAAGUACUCAAGUAGCCCUCUACCUGCUGAGGGAGUUUCCACCAAAGUCAUUGUGACAAACAACAUGGAGUCAUCUGGGGAUAAAGAACCUGAAGAGUUUUUAGAGAAAGUGCUUCCCAGGAAAGUGGAUUUACCCAAUCAACGGCGGGUACCGAGCAUGGGAAUAAGGGGAGGCCAUCCAUUCAGGAAUUCCUGGAGACGCCCUGCUACUCCAAGGAGGAGGGUUGGAACCCCAGUAGUGGAUAGGGUUAACACUGUAGAGUCAAGAAGAAAAAUGAACAUGUCAAACAACCAAAUAGACCCAAAGCACUGGGCUAGCAUUUUGUCAAAAGUUCGUAGUGGUGGAACAAGUUUAAAAGCAACUACUCCAAACUUUGUUCAGACCAGUACAAACAAAAUACAGGAGUCAGAGGCUGCCUACACAAAGCAGUCAGAAAUUGCUAACAAGAUUGAAGGAUCGUCUGCAGAAGGUACAACUAAAGAGGUAAGCAGGGCACCAGUAAAGGAUGUGUUGUACUCAGUCACAAUGUCACAGAUGCCCAUUGAGGCUACUGAAUACAACUUGGAUAUGAGCACUCAGAAUUCUGAAGACACAAGACAUGCUAAAUACCAGAUAGCCGCUCCUGAAACAGAUCCAAAUUUAGAUUUAUUUACAGUUACCACGUAUAUCACACAACCCACAGUUGGACCACAGAUGACCCAUUUUACUUUAGGAGAUUCAGAGGUUGAAGAAGGAGUUGCAGUGAGCAGUUUGUGGAGCACUGCAUCAUAUGGAACCCAUUUACAGGAAAACAAAGGUCACACAAUGGAUGGUGGCAUAAUAAUUGAAGCAAUUCCAAAGUCUGAUGGCAAAGAUGAGGAAGAACACAUGGUUUUACAAAACCCUGAGGAUGUGAGAGAAGUUUAUCAGGGAAGGAUGGAUCACAGCUUUGCAUUGACCACAGCAAAAACCUUCUCAGAACCAAAUACAGAAACUGCUGUGCACUCUUUUACUGAAUUUCUUACUACAAUUAAGGAAGGACUACAUACCCUCCAAAAGCACAUAACUCAGACAAAACAUAAUGUCUCAAAAAUUCCACUGCUUCUUACUGUGACAGCAACCACCAAACCCACUUCAGGACAUAAAACAACUUUAAUUAAUUCGCUUAAAGCCUCUUCCUCACAUGCUAGGAACUCAUCCAGUUUGAGGAAGAGGAAUGGUGGAAGACAAAGAAAGACUAAUCGAAUUAGAACCCAGACAAACAGUUCUAAAUCAUCAGUAUAUGUCACCAAUGUCACCCCACAGCCCACUUCAGCUUCAAUUGUGGAGGUUACAAAUGGGUUUUCAGUCACUAAGACAACUGCCUCCUCUCAAACUAAAAUAGAAACAUCUUCAUUGGCCAAAAGUGCAGGAGCCAAGAUGAAUACUGCUAGUCCAUUAACUGACAGACUACCACCAUCACUAGGCAAAAUGACUCAUGAAGGGAACACAGAUCUUUUAUUCAGUGGAAGGAAUAACAAAACCCAUAAAUCCAAAUCUCAAGAAAAAGUAUCUAUGGCAAAGUAUAAACACUCGUUUGAUUUUAAGCCAGAUCAUGAACUUAAAAUAGUACCAGUGUCUCCAUCAACAAUUAGUACUUUUGGAAGAGAACAAGAAAAAGCAUCUAUACAGAAAGAAAAAAAAUCCACCUUCUCCCCCCAUAUUCCAAAUCCUCCUGAGAAGGCAGACAUUCAUGAGUGGUUUACAAGCAUGCAUGUCCCUGCAGCUAAAACAUUUAAAGAGACUCAACAGGAAAAAAUUACUAGAGACCCCAGCUUGAUCCCAACACCAGACAACUCUAAUGUAAAAUUAGAAGAACUUCCAGGUGCAAGUCCAGCUAAAACAAACAACCAUCAUAACCCAACAGAGACUGUAACCAUUCUGUCAUACAAAGAGCUUGAAGAGGAGUUUCCAGGGAGGGAAUUCUCUUCAUCUUCCCAAAACACCCAGAAUGAAAUCCUCAAAAAUGAUUUGGAAAUCCGAUAUGGUUCAACAACAGCAGCCACUACAGUUUUUGAGGGGGCACAACAAAGUUCACAGGUUCCAACAGGCAGCCCCAAAAGCUCUCCAGUAUUAGUGGUUUCAACAACAAAACCAAGCAGACUUUCAACUGGUAGCAUUCACAAUAGAGAAAAUUCUUCUUUAUCCAUGAAACCUUGGGCUCCAUCAGAAAAUACUGAUGUGGCUCCAGUUACAAAAGAAAACAUUCUUGCAACAACAACAGCAGCUGUGAAAUCUCUUACAGUACAUACUCAUAUGUUUUAUCCAAAAACACCCACUUCUGCAAGUAUGCUAAGUGAACUAGACAAUGCAAAUCACAUUCCUGACAGUGAAAAAUACAUUAGUAAAAUAGAACCUCCAAUCACACAAUUUCCUUAUCAGUUAGCUAGCAUUUCUGAGGAAACUGGGUCUCAAGAAUUAGAGAAAAACAUCUAUAAAAAGACCACUAAAAAAACACUCACGACUCAACCACUUCACUCAACAGUAUCCUCACCCAAACAAAAACUUCCUGGUAGGCCAGGUGUUCAGGGUAGAGGAAGCUCUUUGGUACAUUAUGCCACAUCAGGAGGACCUCAACAAAGACCAACAGCAGUGCCUGAGGAUAGAGGUAAACCUCGGAUCACCAGCACAGACAUUAGAUCAGUAACAGCACAUGCUGAGACUAAUGCCUAUUUGCCUUGUGUGGCUGUGGGGAAGCCCAGCCCCUUCCUUUCAUGGACUAAAGUAUCCACAGGUGCAAGUGUUACACAGAACACCAGGGUUCAAAGAUUUGAGGUGUCCUCUAAUGGUACACUCAUAAUCCAUAAUGUGAUUCCUCUGGACCGGGGUCAGUACCUCUGCAGUGUCCAAAACCUGUAUGGAGAGGAUCAAAUUUUAGUUAAUUUGAUUGUUCUUGCUGAAAACCCCAGAGUGCUGCAACCUCGCUUCAGUGAAGUCACAGCAUACCCUGGAGAAACUGUUCAAUUUGAGUGUCAGUCCCAAGGGCAUCCUCAGCCUCGGAUCACCUGGGUCUUUCCUGAUAGGGAAUUGGUACAUUCUAGUGGACCUACUCAUGGCAAUCCUGAGAACAAGGUUUCAAUCUUACCCAAUGGCACACUUCACAUGAAAUCGGUCAGUCACAUGGAUCAAGGAAUUUAUAAAUGCAUUGCUAGCAAUGCAGCUGGUGCUGAUACCAUAUCUCUUAGAUUGACUAUUGCGGCCUUGCCACCUAUCAUUCAGCAACCAAGAAAUGAGAAUAUCACUCUUCCAGAAGGAAGCACUGCAUACUUGAAUUGCACUGCCACGGGUGUCCCUCCCGCUGCCAUUGGCUGGAUUACCCCUGAUGGAAUGCAGCUCCGUCCCUCACAGUUUAUUAAUGGACGUAACUUGUUUGUAUUCCCUAAUGGGACCCUCUACGUUCGUAGUCUCUCUCCGACAGAUGCAGGGAGGUAUGAAUGCUCAGUAACCAAUGUGGUUGGCACUGCAUGGAGGGCCAUUAUUUUGACUGUAAGGAAGUCCGUAAUAUACUCAAGAGCCAAGAUUACAUUUUCUUCGCCUCAAAAAACAGAUGUGGUCUAUGGGAGCAGGUUGCACCUGGACUGUAUUGCGUCAGGGAAUCCAGAGCCCAGGAUCAUCUGGAGGACUCCAUCCAAAAAGCUUGUGGAUGCUCACUACAGUUAUGAUCAAAGGAUCGAAGUGUCUGCCAAUGGUACGCUAUCCAUCGUCUCUGUGACAGAGAAAGAUGAUGGUGAAUAUCUCUGUGUUGUCCGCAACAAAAUCGGGGAUGAUUUUGUGCCCUUUAAGGUCAGCGUCAUGGCAAAACCUGCUAAAAUUGAGCAGAAGACAGAGGCUAAUAGAAAGGUGGUGUAUGGAGGAAACUUAAAAGUUGACUGUAUGGCAUCUGGACUACCUGACCCUAAAAUCCAGUGGGCACUGCCUGAUGGCACCAUGAUCAACAGUGUCAUGAAGUCUGAACGUAAUGUUGGCAGUCGAAUUCGCAGGUAUGUUGUCUUUGACAAUGGAACCCUCUUCUUCAAUGAAGUAGGGAUGCAUGAAGAGGGUGACUAUACCUGUUAUGCUGAGAACCAAGUUGGAAAAGAUGAGAUGAAAGUGCAUGUAAAAGUAGUUGCAGAUGUUCCUGUGAUUGUGAAUAAGACAAAUAAUGUCAUCAGGGUCCUGUACGGAGAAUCCGUCUCUCUGCAAUGCAGUGCCAAGGGUGAGCCAACACCUCUUAUAUUGUGGUUUUCACCCACUAAUAGAGCCAUAACUUCAGGUUCAGACAAGUAUUUUAUACAUGAUAAUGGGACUCUAGUAAUUCGGAAAGUUCAGCGAUUCGAUGGUGGGAACUAUAUAUGCCUUGCCAGGAACAGUGCAGGGCAGGAUCGCAAAGUGACCAGAAUAGAAAUCCUUGUCUCUCCACCUACGAUUAACAGCCUCAUAGGCACCACAAACUCAAUGAGGGUGUCUAGUGUGAGAGAUCAGCAGAAACUGAUCGACUGUGAAACUACCGGUACCCCUGUUCCACGUGUCACAUGGGUUCUUCCAGAAAAUAUUGUACUCCCUGCACCAUAUUAUGGCAGUCGCAUGACAGUACAUCGCAAUGGCACUUUGGAUAUCCGUUCGGUGAGAAUGACCGAUGCUGGCCAGUUAGCCUGCAUUGCUCGUAAUGAGGGGGGUGAAACAAAGCUUGUUGUCCAGCUUGAUGUAACAGAUAUUUUACAGAAGCCAAAACUCAAGAGUCCUAAAAUGGAGUCGCUCUUACUGACUGUAGGCAGGACCAUUAACCUUAACUGUUCAUUUGAGGGGUCACCUACCCCACAGCUGACUUGGAUCCUUCUAAAUGGCUCCCCUCUGCUGAGUGGUGCACAAUUCAAUAAAUUCCUCCACAAGUCAGAUGGGACUUUGGUCAUUAGUAACCCUGCUCUCUCGGAGGCAGGCACAUAUCGUUGUUUGGGACGCAAUGCUGCUGGAGUGGUUGAAAGAACUGUUACAUUAAUGCCAGGGCACAAGCCAGAGAUCAAUAACAGGUAUAGCUCACCUGUUAGUAUCAUGAAUGGGCAGAGUUUACAUCUGCACUGCUUGUCAAACACUGACUCUGUCCACCUCGGCUGGACCCUGCCGAGCGGGAUGGUCUUAACCCGACCUCAAAGGGCUGGCCGUUAUGCUGUUCUUCCCAAUGGAACCCUCUCAAUCCAACAGGCCUUUUUCCAUGAUAGAGGCUUAUACACCUGCAGGGCCUCAAAUGAAUAUGGAAGCUCCUUGCUAACUGUCCCAGUCACCAUAAUUGCAUAUCCACCCCGCGUCACUAGCGGUCCAGCUCCUGCCACCUAUGCUAAAAGAGGAGUAGCAGUACAACUUAACUGUGUGGCAAUAGGGAUCCCCAAAGCAGAAGUUGCAUGGGAGACCCCAGACCGAACACAGCUUAUUGUCAACCCCCAGCCACGGCUGAUUGGGAACAAGUACCUCCAUCCUCAAGGUUCCUUAAUCAUCCAGAAUCCUACAAUAAGAGAUGCUGGAUUAUACAGAUGCACAGCCAGAAAUGUGGUUGGGGUUGACUCAAAAAGUACAUACCUUUAUGUGUACUAAGAAAUACAGGACAGCAACUAUUCAUAUGCCCAAGGAACUGUGACGUUGAGCUGGAACACAGCUUAAUAGCAAUAGCAUUUCUCAAUGUGAAAUAUAGAAAGGAAUCAGCCCAUUACAUUGUAUUUUAUUAAAGUUUGCAAGUGAAAGGUACUAUUCUUCAAAAUCUUGGUAUGCGAUUUGUGUAAUGUAACCAACCUACUGAUAUUACAAGGCACCUUUCUACUUUUUCUUUUUGACAAUGACAGUUUAUGUCUAAAUGUA